AUGGAUCCCUACGAAUUACCCACCGUGGAAAAGCCUGCUUCCGCUGUUCAGUCCAACCAUACCAGGAGCAAUAGCAACGGCAAUGGCCAAGUCAAAUACGGACCAAUCGUCCCCGGUUCGCUGGCCCGUCAUCCUACGAACCCCUUAGCCCGAAAUUCGACGAAGGAAACUAUUCGAGAUCCGAACCUAGACGUGAACCUGCCAUACCGAACACUAUCCAACGACGCAAACCUUUCCGAAUAUACUACAGAGACAAUAACGGGACAAAUACCCGGACCUGUAGAACCAGAUGGCGAACACCGGUAUAAGCUUGUCACCUUCCUUCCGAAUGACCCUGAGAACCCCAAGAAUUGGUCCAAGCUAUAUAAGUGGUAUUGUACUAUGGUGGUUGCCGCUACCUGCUUCGUCGUGGCCUUCUCAUCUAGUGUCGUCACGGCCGAUAUCAUUGGUGUAGCCGACGAAUUCGGCGUCAGCGAAGAGGUUGCGCUACUAAGUAUCACACUUUUCGUGGUAGGGUUUGGAGUUGGUCCCAUGGCAUUCGCUCCCCUAUCCGAAAUCUAUGGUAGACGUAUCAUUUACGGUACGACUCUAUUAGUCGCUGUCGUCUUCAUUAUUCCUGGCGCCGUUGCGAAGAAUAUCGGUACUUUACUAGUGGCUCGAGCUAUCGACGGCAUUGCUUUUUCAGCCCCUAUGACACUGGUCGGCGGUACUUUAGCUGAUCUCUGGAAAUCCGAGGAAAGAGGUAUACCCAUGGCCGCCUUUAGCGCAGCGCCAUUUAUAGGGCCCGCGGUUGGUCCAUUGGUCGGUGGUUUCUUGUCUGAUGCCGCUGGUUGGAGAUGGUUGUAUUGGAUUCAUCUAAUUCUCGCUUUCAUCGUUUGGGUUUUGAUCACAUUCACUGUGCCCGAAACGUAUGCUCCAACCAUUUUGGCAAGGAAAGCCAAGAAGAUGCGCGAAGAGACCGGUAACAACGACUUCGUCACGGAAGAGGACAUCGACAAGAGACCCUUCGCUGACAGGAUACGCAUCUUCUUGGUUCGACCUUUCCAACUUCUCUUCGGCGAAUUGAUUGUCUUUUUGAUCAGUCUGUACAUGUCUGUCCUAUACGGAUUGCUAUACAUGUUCUUCGUCGCUUUCCCGAUCGUUUUCCAACAAGGCAAAGGAUAUUCCGCUGGAAUCACUGGCCUUAUGUUCAUUCCCCUAGCCGUGGGUGUCAUAGUGUCGGCUUUCUGCGCUCCCUUCGUCAACGAUCACUAUCGAAAACUCAUUUCGAAGCACAACGGUCUACCCCCACCAGAGUUACGACUUAUCCCUAUGAUGUGCUCCUGCUGGUUCAUUCCACUUGGCUUAUUUAUCUUCGCUUGGACUUCAUACCCACGUCUAAUUUGGGUGGGACCCGCUCUCGGUGGCUUCCCUGUUGGCUUUGGUUUCAUUUUCUUGUACAACAGUGCCAACAACUACCUUGUCGACGCAUACCAGCACCAAGCUGCCUCAGCUCUGGCGGCUAAGACUUGUAUCCGAUCAUUCUGGGGUGCAGCCGUUGUGCUUUUCACCAAUCAAAUGUACGCUCGUUUGGGCUACGAGUGGGCUAGUACACUUCUGGCCUUCAUCAGUCUAGCUUGCUGCGGUAUUCCAUUCCUGUUCUGGGCCUAUGGAGAACGUAUUCGACAGAGGAGCAAAUACGCUUACUCCGGCGAAGAUGACGAGAAGAUCGCAAAUGCUAGUGAAGGUAUCGGACCUGUUGUCAGGGAAGAUGACUCCGAAGACCAGGAUCUGAGACGUGCGAGGAGUUAUGUUAGUAAUCCUUGA